AUGACCUCCACCAUCGACCCCAGCACCAUCGGAAAAGCCAAGUCGCGCCGGCACAUCCGUACCCUCACCGGGUACACGGCCGAGACCGACGCGGCGGGCAAGGAGAAGUGGCCCAUCGGCGACGAGAAGGUGUGGAAGGAGGGGAUCCCCCCGGUCACCACCGAGGUCCCCCAGAUCACCAAGUCUGUCGUCCACCACGUCCAUACCUCGCUCGCUCGGCAGGCGUACAACCUCGACAACCUCGGCGCUUACCAAGCCACCGCCAUGUCUACCCGUGACAACCUGCUGGCGAACUGGAACGAGACGCAGCUGCACUACAACCGCAAGGCCCCUAAGCGCGCGUACUACCUUUCGCUCGAGUUCCUGAUGGGACGCACGCUCGACAACGCGCUGCUCAACCUCGGCCUCAAGCAGCAAUAUGGCGACGGCACGCAGAAACUCGGCUUUAACCUCGAGGACCUCAUCGAGCAGGAGCGCGACGCCGGUCUGGGCAAUGGCGGUCUCGGUCGUCUGGCCGCGUGCUACCUCGACUCUUCCGCGAGCCAGGAGCUCCCUGUGUGGGGCUAUGGUCUCCGGUACAAGUACGGUAUCUUCCAACAACUCAUCUCGCCCGACGGGUCUCAACUCGAGGCUCCCGACCCGUGGUUGGAGCACGACAACCCUUGGGAGCUCGCCCGCUCCGAUGUCACCUACCACAUCCGGUUCUACGGGUACGCCGAGCGCCUUGAGGGCGGUCGCGCGCUGUGGCAGGGUGGUCAGGAGGUGUUGGCGAUGGCCUAUGACGUUAUGAUCCCCGGCUACGCGACGAAGAACACGAACAACCUCCGGCUCUGGGAGAGUAAGCCCAAGCGUGGAUUUGACCUUCAGAGCUUCAACGCUGGCGACUACGAGCGCGCAGUGGAGGCUUCAAACAGCGCCGAGGCGAUCACGUCCGUGCUCUACCCCAACGACCACACGACAUUCGGAAAGGAGCUUCGUCUGAAGCAGCAGUACUUCUGGACCGCGGCGUCGCUUGCAGACAUCAUGCGCCGCUUCAAGAACACGGGCAAGGACGUCUCUGAGUUCCCCGACUACGUCGCCAUCCAGCUCAACGACACGCACCCGACGCUCGCGAUCCCCGAGCUGAUGCGUAUGCUCGUCGAUGAGGAGGAACUGCCGUGGGAUAAGGCAUGGGAAAUCGUUUGCAACACGUUCUUCUUCACCAACCACACCGUCCUGCCCGAGGCGCUCGAAAAGUGGCCCGUCGGGUUGAUGGAGAACCUCCUCCCUAGACAUAUGCAGAUUAUCUACGAUAUCGUAAGUGUUUGGGCUUUCCUCCAAGCUGUCGAGAAGAAGUUCCCGGGUGACAAGGACCGCCUCGCGCGCAUGUCUCUCAUCGAGGAGGGAUUCCCCAAAAACGUUCGCAUGGCGAAUCUCGCGUGUAUCGGCAGUCGCAAGGUCAACGGCGUCGCGGAGCUCCACUCUGAGCUCGUGCGGCAGACGAUCAUGAAGGACUUCGUUGAAUUCUACGGCGUCAGCAAGUUCUCCAACGUCACUAACGGCAUCACGCCUCGUCGCUGGCUCGACCAGUGCAACCCUGGCUUGUCGAACCUCAUCAGCGAGACGCUCAAGGUGCCGAAGGCUACUUUCCUCAAGGACCUUUACAAGCUUGAGGGUCUGUUGGAGCACGUCGACGACCCGGCCUUCCAGAAGCGUUGGGCGGCGGUGAAGCAGAGCAACAAGGAGCGCCUGGCUCAGCAUAUCGAGAGCACGCUCGGUCUCAAGGUCAACACGCGGGCGAUGUUUGACGUUCAGAUCAAGCGUCUACAUGAGUACAAGCGUCAAACGAUGAACAUUAUGGGUGUCAUCCACAGGUACCUCACUCUCAAGGAUAUGACACCCGAGCAACGUACGAAGGUCAACCCCAAGGUCGUAUUCUUCGCCGGCAAGGCUGCGCCCGGAUACUACAUCGCGAAACUCACCAUUCGCCUGAUCGUCAACGUCGCGCGCAUCAUUAACGAAGACCCGGAAACCAAGGACCUCCUUUCACUCUACUUCCUCCCAGACUACUGCGUGUCGCUUGCCGAGGUCCUCAUCCCCGCCUCCGAUAUCUCCCAACACAUCUCCACCGCUGGAACUGAGGCUUCCGGGACGUCGAACAUGAAGUUCUGCCUGAACGGCGGCCUCCUCGUUGGCACUGUUGACGGAGCCAACAUCGAGAUCGCCGAGGAGGUCGGCGAGAGCAACGUCUUCUUCUUCGGUAACCUGACGCCUGCGGUCGAGGACCUUCGCUACCAGCACAUGUACCACCCGGUCCCGAUCGAGCAGAAGUGCCCGCCGCUGGCGCGCGUGAUCAACGAGGUCGCCGAGGGCCGCUUCGGCGACGGAGGGGUGUACGAGCCGCUGCUGAACACCAUCCGGCAGAACGACUACUACCUGCUCACCGAGGACUUCGACUCCUACAUCAAGGCCCUCGAGCUUGUCGACCAGGCAUACCAAGACCGCACGGAGUGGAUCAAGAAGAGCAUUCGCACGUCGGCGAAGAUGGGCAAGUUCAGCUCCGACCGGGCGAUCAUGGACUACGCACAGGAGUACUGGAACCUAGAGCAGACGAGCGUCGGUUGA